UGACAAAAAUUUGUAAUAUCACGUCGCACUUGGCACGGUGAAGAACAUUCUCAUUCCGCGAACUUCGUCGUUGAUGUAUACCGAACGUGGGGGGUGUUAACCGUGUGAGAACUGUGUGGUGAGCGAAUUCUUGUGCGUGAAACGAAAAUCGCAACGAGGCGACGUUUUUGCCGCGGAGUAUCGCCGUCUGGCACAACAUGGAUUACCAACGGCUCCUGUCCAACAACAACAACAACAAUUAUCCCACGCAACAUCAUUGGCUCCCGAAGAUGUGCUCCUGCAUCGACGGCAGCUCAACGCUGCCGAGUAACCGAGCCGCAAGCUAUGAGCGGCUUGGUUCCAAUCUCACGAUCUUCGAACUCAACAGCACGAUGCGAAGGAGUCGAAGAAGUGAGCAGGAUUUGAUCGACAGUGAAAGACAGGAAGAAUUGCGGUUUUAUAACAACGAUCACUCUUUUACGACCGUGGUCGUGGAGAAGAAUCUACGAACGAUCGACCUGUGCGAGUUGCUUAAAGUCAAGAGGAACACGAUCGGCGCAGCCUGGUCGAUAAUCGAAACGUGGCCGAAACUGGGAAUCGAGCGUACUUUAGAAGACCAUGAAGAUAUUCUCGCUGUUCAUAGAGAAUUGGAAAUGUUCGCUUCCCAAUACGAAAGGAGGUUCUAUUUUAGUCAAGACUUCCUAAAAUAUGAAGUGUUCAUCAAGCCUGUGCAAUUUUUUCCUCCGGACAUGAUUACGUUUCCCAGCGGGGAAGAGAGGGGCACAUUUACCGAAGCCGAGAGUGCGUUAAGGAAUUAUUUGUUACGGGAGGACAGUGAGUGCCCGUACGUAUUCAGCAUGGUGUGGAUGCGAAAUGCGAGUUCGAACGGUUGGAAGAAGAUGUACAUGCUACUUCAAGGCCGGAAACUCUACACGACAAAGAAGGCGAUCGCGACGCUACCAAAACGGCCUCUGGACAACGAACAACUAAUCACACUCGCGCACUUGUCAGAUUACAACAUCUACAGGAUACCGAACGCCAAGCGGGUUUUCGGCGCACCCUUCGAGUGGGGCGCCUGCUUGAGGCCGAACAGCAACGCCGAAGCCGAAGAUACGGAGGCUGGGGAGCCUGGGAUCAAGGUCAUUAUUUUCGAGAACGAAAAAUCGCGCACCUGCUGGCUCACAGCCAUGAGACUCGCUAAGUACGGCAAACAGCUACGAGAGAAUUACCGAGCCUUCAAGAACAAGCAGUGCGAGCAGAACGGCGGAGGCAGCCCCAAAGAGCAAUACAGCAGUUACAAUGUAUCCAACGAAUCGAUACGAUCACGCGUGGCGAUGGAUUUUACCGGUAGCGUGGGCAGGAUAGUCGAGGAUCCCAAGGAAGCCAAGGAUAUAGCCGAAAAUGAAGGCAUGGUUUGGCGGCGGAGAUGGCGACCGUUUUCGAGAACACCACCGGGAUGCGCCAUGAUGAGGCUGCAUGGCCUCGAUGCCGGUAUACAUGUUCUUCAGCCUUGGUUUCACGGGGGUCUCAAGAGGGAUGUCGCGGCAGCUAUUAUAAGGGAUCAUGGCAGCGUCGACGGCGUGUUUCUGGUCAGAGAGAGCAAGAGUAAUCCUGGGGCCUUCGUGCUGACCUAUAAGUACAACGACAAGGUCUUUCACGCACAAAUCCAACCCAUCUUUGAUGAGCGUCGCAACUGCUGGCUGUAUACUCUCGAUAAGGGAACGACCAAGUUUUACGAUUUGCUGCAAUUGGUUGAGUUCUAUCAGCUGAACGCAGGCUCGUUGCCUACCCGGCUCACUCAUUACGUGCAGAAUGGAGUAAAACCGCCGCUGCACAAACCGGAGGACGGCGGGGCAUCGCCGUCGCCGCCUGAGAGCAGUAGCCAGCGAAUCAACAGCAUCGACAAGGCCGCUGAGCCAAGCGGUAAUCCGAGCAGCAUUUGAGUAUAGGACAGUCGGCGACCCGCUUGUGUUGUCGACGAUGAUCGCUUACUUACCGUUUGCGCCACUACCAAUGGGCCCCUCGACCUCGCUACCAUCACCGACAAUAUUGUGAUGGUGCACCGUAGCAACAGUAACAACAAUCGUCUGGGGAAUAAUAACAGCAACGGCGGUGGCAACGGGAAUCGUGACGAUGUCCACACGACACGAUCGGGUUGCUGGAACCUGUGUUUUUGCAGUUACAACAAGUGGGAUUUGUAGCGCGAUCAGUAACGGCAGUAGCAAAGUAACAGGAUGAAGUUCAAGCGGAUGCGAAGAUGUAUGGCUGUUUCGUUAAUGAGAGAAAGAGAAAGAAAGAAAGAAAUAGAACGAUGAGCACGAAAGAAGACAAGCGACACGGCUUGAGCAUCAUCCAUCGUUCAGUUAUUCUCGGAUCGCAACUCGUUCUAAUAACGUAGCAUGCAUGUGUGACGUCACUGGGUCGGCUGACCCGUGCAACAGAACGACCAAUUUUUGGGCGCGAGGCACGCAAUAAUGAGGAAAGAUAUGAUAGCCACGGGAAGAAACCGUAGGAUCGCUGUUGUACGAGAAAUUGUUCGUUUCAGUUCUUCACGUUUGUUCUGUUGUUCUACUCACGCGAGUCUAUAGUAACGCGGCGUCGGUGUCCGCCGACAGCGAUCCUCACGCGGAAUCCUCAAACGAAACCUCUUUGAUGUUUUUAAUCAUACUGUGUUAGUCGUCAUAUAAGGAUCCAUCUUAUCGUCUAGACCUUUCCGAAUACCUUCCUCCUUUCCUUUUAUUUUUCUCUUACCUAAGAGUCUCAGCGAUUAAACAAACGAUCUAAGUCUAGACGAUCAAAGAGGCAUCGCGUAUUUGUUUCAUCUUUUUUCUUCUUUUCUUUCCAUUUUCUAUAUUUUCACGUUCGUGCAAGCAUGGCGCGUACGACUAGAAGAUUACUAAUCGCGCGUGGCGACAUCGCCAUUCGCGAAGUUAUUUCGUGAGAAGAAAGGAAAAGCGCAAUUGUGCGCGCGUAUAUGAUGGAUGAUGUGUUGUAUCAUAGUAUGCUUGCAAGAGAACUGAGAAGAAAGAGAUAGACAGAAGCCUGUACGAUAUAGUUAUAUAGCUGUAUCGUAUGAGUCAGUAAUUCAAGACAAAUACAAACACAGAAUUUGGCUUUUCUGCUUGAAUGUGUGUGUGUGUGUGUGUGUGUGUGUGUGUGUG